CUCAAUGUACGAGUAUUUUGCUUGGCCUUUCCACACAUGUUGUUCCACUCACCUCCAGUGUCACGCCCGAUGGACACCUUCCGGACUCCCAGUCAAUUGCUAUUGGUGUGACUUUCGACUGCCUCAGUUGCUCCUCGAAUGAGUUCAGUCUUCAAUCGGACCCCUUUGCACUCGAGCAGAACGCAACGCAGUCUUAAGUGCGCUUUAGUGGCCGGUGGGCUUGCACUGAACUCGAUUUAGUCACGGAUCGAACGCCAUGUCACAAGCAAUCUGGUUUCUCCUGGUGCUCGGGUGCUGCGAGGUUUUGGGUGGCUAUAUGGAGGAUAACUACCCGGCGAGCGUGAUUGAGGAUGCCCACCUGAACACGAUACAACUGCUGAAGAAGUACAAGCAUCCAGCGGAAACCCACCAGAUGACCACGGAUGAUAAGUACAUCCUAACCCUCCAUCGCAUACCUCGACCUGGGGCCAAGCCAGUACUGCUGGUUCACGGACUAGAGGACUCCUCUUCCACGUGGAUCUCGAUGGGUCCAGAAAGUGGCCUGGGUUACUUCCUCUACGCCAAUGGCUACGACGUCUGGAUGGGUAAUGUCAGGGGGAAUCGCUACUCCAAGGGCCAUGUGAAACUCAACCCCAAUACGGACAAGUCCUACUGGAGCUUCUCCUGGCACGAGAUAGGCAUGUACGAUCUACCAGCGAUGAUCGAUGGUGUUCUGCAGAAAACGGGUUACCAGAAGCUGAGCUACUUCGGUCACUCCCAGGGAACCACCUCGUUCUAUGUGAUGGCCUCCAGUAGACCCGAGUACAAUGCGAAGAUCCAUCUGAUGAGCGCCCUAGCCCCCGUGGCCUUUAUGAAGCACAUGAAGGCACCACUCAUGGGCAUGGCUCGCAUGGGCAUGAACAUGUUUAGCGAAAACUUUGAGAUGUUUCCGCACUCGGAAAUAUUUCUCAACCAUUGCCUUUCCUCUGCCUCCAUGCUGAGGACCUGCAUGCGAUUCUACUGGCAGAUUGUGGGAAUGAAUCGGGAGGAGCAAAAUAUGACCAUGUUCCCUGUGGUUUUGGGCCAUCUUCCCAGUGGCGCCAAUCUUAAACAAGCGCUCCACUACCUCCAACUGCAGAAAUCCGAUCGUUUCUGCCAGUACGAAUACGAGCCCAAGGAGAACCAGAAGCUCUACGGACGUUCCACUCCGCCGGAUUACCGCCUCGAAAGGAUCAGCGCUCCGGUUGCCCUGUACUAUGGCAGUAAUGACUACCUGGCGGCCGUGGAGGAUGUGCAGCGAUUGGCUAAAGUGCUGCCCAAUGUGGUCGAGAACCACCUGUACCGUAAAUGGAACCACAUGGACAUGCUCUGGGGCGUCAGUGCAAGGCGUUCGAUUCAGCCCAGGAUUCUGCAGGUGAUGCAGUACUGGGAGGCAGGAGGAGUAGCUAAGGAUGCCACCACCGGCUCACCCGUGGAGGAGGAUGUGCCCCAGCCGACAACGGUGACUCCUAUCGAGGCAGGAGAUCCGGAAGAGCAGGAGGAAGCUGGCAGUGACCAGGGAAAUGAGGAAUAUGAAGGUCAUGUAGAAGGAACUGAGCAGCUUGAAGCUACCACCAGUCCUACCGGGGAACUAUAGGUUCUGUAAGGAAAGGACAUACGAUUUUAAAGGAACGAUGGUUUGAUGGUUCACAAGGUAUACGUUGUGUUUUCUCAAAUGUGAAAUUAUGCACUGACUAAUAAAUGGAUUA